AUGGCUUCUCAACUCCCAAAGAGCAUGAAGGCUCUCAGAUACUCCAAGCCUGAGGAGUUCAGCAUCGUCAACAUCCCCCUUCCAGAGCUCCGAGAGAAUGAUGUUAUGAUCAAAGUCAAGGCCUGUGGUGUCUGUGGCACUGAUCUCCAUAUCCAUGAGGGUGAAUUUUUGGCCAAGUUCCCUCUGGUUCCUGGACAUGAGACUGUCGGUGUCGUUGCCGCUGUUGGCCCAAAGGUCAAGGGAUUCAACAUUGGAGACAGAGUUGUUGCCGACAACUCUGAGCUUUGCGGAGAAUGCUUCUACUGCCGCCGAGGUGAGGAGCUCCUCUGUGAGCAUUUCGAGGCUCAUGGUGUCACUAUGAACGGUGGUUUUGCUGAAUACUGCGCUUAUCCUGCUGGCCGUGUUUUCAAGAUUCAAAACCUCUCCGAUGUUGAUGCUACCCUUCUCGAGCCCGCUUCUUGCGCUGCUCACGGCCUCGACAAGAUUAGCCCCAAGAUGGGUUCAACUGUUCUCAUGUUCGGUGCUGGCCCAACCGGCCUUGUUCUUGCUCAGAUGCUCCGAUUGAAUGGUGGCUGCAAGGUCGUCAUCGCCGCUCCAAAGGGUCUCAAGAUGGACCUUGCUAAACGCCUCGACGCUGCCGAUGAGUACGUUGAGCUCUCCCGUGAGGAUCCAAGCGCUCAGUUCGACGCCUUGAAGGCCGCCAACCCAUAUGGUUUCGACAUCGUUGUUGAGGCAACCGGAAGCGUUAAGAUCCUUGAGGAUGCUAUCAACUACUGCCGUCGUGGUGGAAAGCUUGUUGUCUAUGGUGUUUAUGCCAACAAGGACCGCGUCAGCUGGGCUCCAUCCAAGAUCUUCGGCGACGAAAUUACCAUCAUCGGAAGUUUCAGCGAAACCUACAAGUUCCCCGCCGCUAUUGACUAUCUUGACUCCGGAAAAGUCAGAGUCGAAGGCAUCGUCAACAAGACCUUCAAAAUUGAGCAGUGGGCCGAGUGUCUUGAAUCCAUGAAGAACAAGUCUGCCAUCAAGGCCGCCAUCACCUUCGACUAA